AUCAGGGGCGAAACCAAAAAUAAUAAAGAGAUCAUUAAGUGUCAACAUAUUUAAAUGUAAUUCUAUGGUCUUACAGUGUCGGCAGUGGUCAAUAUUAAGGUACGGAAAGGUAUGGUAACUGUUUGCAUGAUCGGUGCUGUCAAAUAUCAGUGCUAUCCCGAUAGUUCUUCUGAGAUUAUUACACACUAGGAGGCUAGCUAUUUAGGUAUCUAGCAUGCUAAUCGUAGCCCAAGCUAACCAAUUGAGAAUCGAGAAGCAGCUCUCGCGAACUGUAUGGCUAACUGGGAAGCUAAGUAUAUGCCGUUAAUAUGAACCGGGUUCAGAGUAUGUGAGGAGGUUGGCAUGAGUGAUUCUCUCCCUUCUGCAGUUUAUAUAGCUUGACACAGUUAGUGUGUUUGCUUUGUUGCCAUAUUGUUAACGAAUAUUUCUUAGCAGCAAAGAAUCUUAGUUGACAGUUUAUCUAAUUCUGACCAGCUAACAAGCUAGCGAUAGCUAGCCUGCUAUUAUUGCUUUGGUCUCUUUGGAUUGAUAGACUCUGACUGGCAGUUUUUUUGGCAGUAUCCAGUAGUGUCUCCGAUCUAUCCUGAUCCUCUCUCAAUGACUACUGCCUGAGGACACCCCAGAAGUCCCCCUGUCUCGUCCAGGUUCCAGACCAGAGAGAAAGCAGGGAAGCGGCCAUGGCGGCCAAAGCGGGGGACAACCCGGACAGCCUGAUGGCUCUGUGCACAGCCUACUGUUUGCGCAACCUGAGGCGGACGAUGUGCUACCUGGGGGACAGGAGCAAGCUCACCCUGCGCCCAGAUGUCUUUCUUCCCAGUGAAAUCUGUGACAAGCUGGUUAACGCGUAUGUAGAGCUGGUCCACACAGACAGCAACUUUGAGCCGCAGGACGGCUUCUUCCAGCUCUUUUCAGAUCCGCGCAGCACCCGGCUGACCCGAGUGCAGCUGAGGGAGGACCUGGUGCGAGACAAGGACCUGGAGGCCAUUGGGAAACAGGACCUCAUCGAGCUGCACCUGACCUACUGCAACAGCCUGUCGGCGCGCAGCCUGCGGGCACUAACCAGCUUCCGGCAAACCCUGGUGUCCCUCAGCCUCUUCGGCUGCACUAACAUCUUCUACAGGAAGGGCGGCGCUCCGCUCGCCUGCGCAGAGGAAGAUGACGAGGACGAAGAGGACGACAGGCCAGCCAGGUUCGCGUUGGACAACAAUUUCAGCUUUCAGGGCUUCAACCGGCUGCGGCUGCUGAACCUGGGAGGGCUGCCAGAGGAGGUGGACGCGGAGGCCCUGCUCAAGCCCCUGCCCUCCCUCACCUCCCUGGACCUGUCCAGCAUGCACCUCCCCCGCGCCGCCUUCCUGGCACAGUGGAAGGAUCGGCUGGCCUCGUUGGUGCUGUACAACGUGGACCUCUCGGACGAGCUCAUCAGCACGGUGGUACAGAUGAGCCAGCUACGGCAUCUGGACAUAUCUCGUGAAAACCAGCGCUCUUCCAAGUUCAAGAUGACCAGGAAGAUCCUGACCACUGUAGUGCAGAGCCUGGGCAACCUGGUGUCUCUGGACAUCUCAGGCCAUAUCAUGCUUGACAACUGCACAGUCCCACACUUCGAGGAGGCCAUGGGGCCACCCAGCAUUGAACCCAGCAAGAGCAGCAUCAUCCCUUUCCAGGAGCUGAAGAGGCCUCUGCAGUUUCUGGGGCUGUACAACACCACCCUCUGCAACGUCAUGCACAUCCCAGCAUACAAGGUGACCGGCUCCAAAAAUGAGGACCAGGUUCUGAAUGCCAUUGAGGCCUACACUGAGCACCGGCCUGAGCUGGCCCACCGGGCCAUCAACCAGCUGUUUGACAUCGCCAGGAUACAGCACUGCAGCCAGCUGCUGCGAGCCCUGCAGCUGGUCAUUGCUGCCCUGAAGUGUCAUAAGUAUGACAAGAGUGUGCAGGUGACGGGCAGUGCUGCGCUCUUCUACCUGACCAACACGGAGUACCGCUGCGACCAGAGCGUCCAGCUACGCCGACAGGUCAUCCAAGUGGUGCUCAACGGCAUGGAGCAGUAUCAGGAGGUCACGGUCCAGAGGAACUGUUGCCUGACGCUGUGCAACUUCAGCAUCCCAGAGGAGCUGGAGUUCCAGUACCACCGGGUCAACAUGCUGCUGCUGAAGAUCCUGGAACCGGCCCGGCAGGACGAGUCCAUCCAGCGCAUCGCCGUGCACCUCUGCAAUGCCCUCGUCUGCCAGGUGGACAACGACCACAAGGAGGCCGUGGGCAAGAUGGGCUUCGUCAAAACAAUGCUGAAUUUGAUCCAGAAAAAACUGCAAGAUAGAAUGUGUGACCAGGUCAUGGAGUUCUCCUGGAGCGCCCUGUGGAAUAUCACCGACGAGACGCCCGAUAACUGCCAGAUGUUCCUCAACUGCAGAGGAAUGACUCUGUUCUUGGAGUGCCUGGAGGAGUUUCCAGACAAGCAGGAGCUGCACAGAAACAUGUUGGGGCUUCUGGGGAACGUGGCGGAGGUCAGAGCCCUGAGGCCACAGCUGCUCACGUCAGAGUUUGUCAAAGUCUUCACUGAGCUUCUGGACAGUAAGGCGGAUGGCAUCGAGGUGUCCUACAACGCGUGCGGGGUGCUGUCCCACAUCAUGUUCGACGGGCCGGACGCCUGGCCCAUGGAGGAGCCCGGGAGAGACCAGGUCAUGCAGAAGAUGUGGGACGCCAUCCAGAGCUGGGACGUCAGCUCGCGGCGCAACAUCAACUACAGGUCUUUUGAGCCCAUCCUGCGUCUCCUGCCCCAAAGCAUCGGUCCUGUUAGCCAGCAUUGGGCCACCUGGGCGCUCUUCAACCUGGUGUCUGUCUACCCAAAUAAAUACUGUCCAUUAUUGGUCAAAGAGGGUGGGAUUCCCCUCCUGGAGAAGGUCCUAGAGAUGGACAGCUCACACGUGGACACGAAGAACAUGGCAAGGAAAGUGAUGGAGCAGUGUGCGACCUUUAAAGAGGACCCCAUGGACACGAGCAAGUAAACCGCUGGAGCUGAGCUGGACGGGGCCGAGCGGCUGAAGAGAGCACAGAUCACACACCAUCACGGAAUCUUGUCCACCUCCUAUCGCGCCAGAGCAUCGAUUCACUGUAGAGCAAAGCAAACUUAAAAUGUUGCCUCGUGGUCAACAACUUUAUUUUUUUUCUGGGACCUGACACUGGUCGAUCAACACUAGGGAGUCAAGACCUGGUACUACACGGAGAUGUGUAUUGAUUUGUUUGGAGUUUGUUUUCUCUCUGUUGUUGUUGUUGUUGUGGUUGCACAUGGUAAGCAGUAUUUUUACCAUUCAUAUUAGCUGCGUGUGUUUUCAGUUAAUUUGUUUGAUUUGCCUUUUCUUUGUUUAAGUAUGUAUGGGGUGUGUGUGUGUGUGUGUGUGUGUGUGUGUGUGUGUGUGUGUGUGGAGGCAAACACUUAUGUGUGCAAAUGCCACAAUGUAUGACUCUCUCUUAGGAACAAUACAUUGGGUGAUUCUCAUUUUUCUGAAAUUAUAAAAGAAAGAAAGACAGAAAAGGCAUUGGCAAAGAAUAGGCUAUGUUGGCCUUGGGGGCUGUCUUGGUCUCACUGAGGGCCUUACCAUAUAAGCUUAACGUGUGCACAGCACACAUCGUACAAGCGCACUCCGUCACCUGAGCAUAACCCUGUGCGACUAUUACCGCCAGUCCACCUGGAAGACAGGACAUGAGAAGUAGCUGACCGGCGACCUCGGGAUGCUAGUUAUAUACGUACACAUAGAGGUCGGACCUGGAUGGGAACUUGUGUCAUAAAUGCUGUUGAUGAUGCUCCCCAGGCAUGGGUCAGAAUAUGGUCAGAAUAAGGAUGACAUUAUUUCUCAUUUCAUUGUACAUAUUUGGAGGUAAAGCUUUCUCAUGUUUUUUUGUUUGUUUGUUUUGUAUGUAUGUUUUUAUGACAUAAUUAUAAACAUUUAUGUGAUGCUUUCCCCCUCCAAUGUGGUCUAUCUUUCCUUUGGAGGAAUACAUUUGGUCACCAAGUACAGGACUGGGCAGAGAAGACAAAAUAGGGAUUCUGCUACUAUGACAGCACAAAGACAAGUUUAAUGACCCCAAGCUGUUUUUUUUUUUAAUUAUUAUUAUUAUUUAUUGUUUUU